GUGUUCUGAUCCGCCUCAGCCGGCAUCCGCAACGACGCAUCCGCGAGACCGAGACCGAGACCGAGAGCCAUGCCCAAAGACAGCACUGAAAACGAGGAGCUGGUCGCCAUCGUGCACCAUUUCCUGGUGCAAAAGUCGCCAAAGGCGGCAGAGGCGUUGAAGAAAGAGCUCAAGCUGUCGGACGCGAAGCUGGGCAAGAGCAAGGUCAACCUGUUUGACCUGUACAUCAAAGGCAUAAAAGCCGUCAAAAAGGAUAGCGACGACGAGGACGACGAAGACGAAUCUGAGGAAGACUCAUCCGAGGAAGACUCAUCCGAGGAAGACUCAUCCGAGGAGGAGGACUCUGACAAGGACGACGAGGACGAAUCUGAGGAGAGCGAGCCCGAGGAGGACGAGUCUGAGGAGCAAGAACCCAAACCCAAGAAGAAUUCCAAGCCUGAUGAUGACGAAGACGACAGCGACGAGGACGACAGUGAUGAUGACGACAGUGACGAUAAUGAGAGCGAUAAACCAGCCAAGAAGGGUGAAAGUGAAAGUGAAAGUGACGAAGACGACAGCGACGAGGACGACAGCGACGAUGAAAGCGACGAAGAUGAAAGCGACGAUGAUGAAGAAGACAAGUCCUCCAAGAGCAAAAAGAAGGACGACAGUGACGAUGAAGAAGACGACAGUGAUGACAGCGAUGAAGAAGACGACAGUGAUGACAGCGAUGACAGUGACGACAGCGAUGACAGCGAUGAUGACGAUGACAGCGAUGACAGCGAUGAUAGCGACGACGACGACGAGGAAGAGGAUGAGGAGGAGGAAGAAACUCAAAAGCCCAUUCCCAAAGCGCCCGUGCCUUUCAGUCGCGUGAAUGCCGAAGAAGUCACCUUCGUCAAUGAUACUCUCAAAGACAAUCGCUUCAUGUCCAAGGGCAACGCCGAAGCUUGCUAUGGCUACAAGGCUCAUCUGGAUCUGAUCCAGACCAAGGGCGAUGGAUUCAGAAAGGAAAAGAACAAGAAGAAGCGAGGAAGCUAUCGAGGCGGCGCAAUCAGCACCGGCUCCUUCAGUUUCAAGUUCCCCGAUGACGACGAUUGAGCCGAAGGCGUGCGCAAGGUGUCGCGCUGGCUAAUUAUGGCCAAUUAUGGCCCGUUUAGAGCAAAAGGACAACGCCGAUUCGCGUCCCUUUACAAUUUAGUGCUGCCUGUUAUUGGUUUGGAGAGCACGGUCUCGAGAUACAACAUGCAUUCGAUCAUCUGGGCAGCUCCGUACAGAGUGUGGUUUCUCGAC